AUGAACCUCGAAGAGAGCGAAUCUCCGAUCGGUCCUACAAUCCCCAGAGAUUUCCACAGCAGCUCCUCCCUCCAUUCAGGUCAAUCAUCGCCAAACGCAUCAAGGUCGCGGAGGUGGUCAUCCACGCCUGCAGAAGACGACCGGGCCUCGUCGUUCACUCUUCCUCCUCUACCGAGCCUGCGUCGCGCCGAGAGUCAAUCCGAAACCUUCAAAUCCCCCGAGUAUCUUCGCCAGCGGGCAGGGAGCGGAGCUUAUUACGCUGCCGCUUGGGGAUCCCCAUACGCUACUCCGAGUCCUCGAAGAUCACCUCGCGUCGUACGUCACAGCGGCCACUCCCACGAGGUAGACCUAACGCCUCCAUAUCUCCCGAUCCGCCAGCCCGCGAAGGUCCUGUCUUCGAGUCGUCUCCAGGAAAGCACUGCGACUCAGAAACAAGAUAACGUUUCAGAGAGGAAACGUGUGGGGACAACAAGAAGACUACGAAACGCGAUUUCGGAGAGGCCGAACUGGUUGAGCGAGUCUGAAGAGAGUGGCUCCAACACAAGCGCGGCCUCAACCCCAACGCGGGAAGCAUACCUUGACACUUGGGGAAUCUCUGGCGUUGACUUUGUACCGCCUGGCAUACGAAAACAUCGAGUUAACGAAAGCGUUGCGACCAUAACCCCGGAUACGUUCCAUGACUCGGAAAUCGACCCAGUAAGGUCUGAAAGUCAGCAUCGACAGCUUUCUCCGUCCAGGGAGAAUAGCAUGGCCGAAGAUCGUGGCAGUGUCGACAUAGAGGAUCGGCGUCUUCCGGUCCUUCCUCGUCGUGUCUCGACAGCAGAAGGGCCGGACAGAACACACGAAAGUCCUGCUUCGUCGGGACGGCCCCGGCCCAGCUCGAUGCAGUCAUAUCAGAGACCCAAAAAGAAGGUGGUUUGGAGAGGCAAGGCAUGCAUUAUAGCAUUACCUUUGACGGACCGGCAAGCUGCAGGUCUGCCACCUCUAUUGACAGCUCAAGAAAUCAAGGAUCGUAUACAAGGAUGGAUUGCUGCCGGCUAUCGUGUGGAUGGCUUCGAGCCACCUGUCGAGGGUAAUGGCCAGAGCCGACCCGUGUACCCCGAUCCGGCAGACAUGCAGGCCGAGCGCAAGUUACGCCACUAUCAAGUCCAUCUCCCCGACCAAGCAGAAUGGGAUUCGUGGGUGGAUUUUCUGAAGGAGGAGAAACUUCGAAUGCUGGGCGUGAGCCCGAGCAACUCAGAAGCACUUCCGCCGACGAAAUCCCCAUUUCCGACAACCUUGAGUCGAGGCUCGUCUGGUCAUCCAGGUCUGCCACAUUCGCCUCCAAUUGUACCAUCGUCUGCUGGAAGUAUACCUAUAAGAACAAGCGGCCACCCGUUCUCUCCGUCUCUGAUGUCGUCUGCCGGGAUCAGUCCCCAGCCUCCUUCUCUAACGUCAUCCCAGUAUAGUGUUCUCCCGAAAGCACCGCAUGGUUACAAACAGUCAGUUGCCCUCCCCAAUGCUCAUGGAAGAAUCACCUCGCCAUUCGAGCCUGUGUUUCCGCAGACAAGUCCAUUCGGCACCGGAGCCCGUCCGAACAUACAGCCCUUGUCAUCUCGGCAGAACAGUUUCUCGCCAAAUCAUCCUUUACAUCUUCCAAAUCUUGGCGAGAUCCUCUCUCCAGUGUCUCAACCACGAGGCGUAGACGUACGCGGCCCUCAGACUAACUUCAUGUCUGAUUCGGCGGGGCGCAAUCCAAUCCGGUCUCCCGGAUAUGUGGCUCAUUCGCAGAACCUUAAUCAGAACACCCCAGCCCCCAGAAUGCCGACGCGUGUGGAUAGUUUGGAUCAGAAUGGACCCUCUAGACCUCCGAUUGAGAUUGCACAUCCUAAGCCAAAGAGUCAUCGUCAAAACCUAAGUCUGGCACUUCAAAGGGAGAUUGACGAAGCCGAAGCAGCAUUGCAUGCGAAGGAGGGGAAUACCGGAGGCGAAGCGACUGAGGAUUUCGACAGAUUCGCCAGGAAGAGUUCCGCAAUGGAUGAGUCUUUGCACGAAGAACCUCCUAUUCUGAGGCGUCCUGAAACGAUGACAGAUGAGGGAUUCGAGAUUGAAACCAACCCGAGCAUAGCUGCGACUCCAAUGCUUAUGGACGACAAGAGCCCAUUUGUUGUGAACUGGCAAGCAUUGAGUGACGCCGCCAAAGCCGAACCUCAGACUACUGACGAGCGUCGUCAACCUACAAGCAAGUUCAACGUGGAAGCUAAGGAAUUCGACCCUAGAGCUGGUUUCUCGAGCACGAACUUUUCUUUCGGAGGAGACAGUUUCGCGCCCUUCGGUCCGCCUACGUCGGCUCCAGCACACCCAAACCUGAGGCCUGCAGUGACAAGCAGCACGUCGUCGGUGUCUCGUCUUAACGUGGAGGCACCUGCAUUCACACCGUCCUUCAUGUCACAAACUGUCCCGAAUGAAACACCAUUCCAAUUCAGCUCGGCAACUUUCAAUGUCGCAGGAGCCACAUUCCUAUCUGUCCGGCCCACGGACGUGGACUUCAAGCGCAGCGUCAGUUUUCCCGUUGGAGGAACAGCAAACAGCCCGGACAGCAUCUUCGGCAAAGUUGUUAUUGAUCCAGCCUCCAAGGUCUCAAGAAGAACAAGCAAAGGUGUUCCAAUCGUCAUGCCGAAGGCAAAGAACGGUCAAGAGGCAGAAUCGGGGAGCGAGUCGCAGAGCGAGUCGGAGAGCGAUCCUGAAGAAGAGGACGGUCGGCCAAUGGCGCCUACUGAUAGACAGAAGCGAGCGCGGCGACGGAACAGUGACGGUGAUCGCAGUCCUGUCUUUGCUACAUCAGCUCCAUUCAACCACUCGAGGAUCUUGUCGGAGAUUGUGGAUAAUGUCGAUGCGGACGGACCGAAUCCGGGAAUCCCGCAGAAACCCGUUGAUGGUUGGUCCUAUAUUCAGGCGGACAAGACGCAGCUCGAGAGCAAAGGCGACAUCGUGUCAGGCCAGGAGAAAGACGGGGCUGCCCGGCACAGCGAGUCAGAAUUUACCUUCGGGGAUCAGCAAGACGCCGCCAAGUUCAAUGAGGCUCGUCCAUUAGACACGGAUGGCAGAGCUGCAUCUGAGGAAGAUGUCCAGGCUGAGACGGCGAAGGAUGUGAAACAAGAAGUGCCUUCCUCAGACGAACCAUCGCCGGCUGUAGGACAAGCGCAGAAGCCCACAUCAUCUUUGUCAGCACUUGCCAGGCCUUUCGAGUUCAAAAUUCUUUCCUCGAGUCUGCACACGUCUUCGGCGAAUGGCACUCCUCAGAAGCCUCAGGGGCUGGAAGUUUCAAGACAUGCGGUACCACCAAGCCCAAAAGAGUCGUCCAGAGAGGUGUCUGCCAGCCUUUCCUCCCCUCCAGCAGAGUUGUAUCACUACACAGGCGGACAAGACAUCUCUGAUUCUGAUGUUGAUGUCGUCCAGGUCUUCGAGGAGAGCACCACUGAGAACGAUGCUGUGCCUCGGCGCGAACGUGAGUGUUCGUUGCAGCAGCAAUCCGAAGCCGGUGAGCCUGUACAUCGUACCGAAGCUGAACAAUUUGAAACGAAGUCUCCACAACGGCAGCCCCACGACGAGGCCGUCCCGUCAUUCGAAGAGAUUGACGCCGUCAUGAAACAAUUUGAAGUCCACCCGGAGCUGGGUAUCGAACGUACUGAUACCCCGCUUCGGUCAACACCUCUCGUAGACUCGCGUCUUGGUCGAAACUUUCGCAGCGACGCUCCUAGUCCGAGUCUCUCGAGGUCUGAAGACAACAAACGCGCUGAAAGUGAAAAAUCAUACGCUCCUUCACUUGGACGGGGAAUUGAGGUCGAUAACCUUAAUCCCGACCAGGAUGACGUUGGCGAUUGGGGAGAAACCUUGCCUGCAAAGGAAGAAGCCAAACCGGAUAUCCGAUCAGAAUUCUUUGACGGCCAUGUUAAAGACCUGGUCGGCGGCCUCCUUGAGGAUCGCCUGGCUCCUCUAGAACGAACGCUACAGGUCAUCCAGCAUAGCUUGGCCGUCGUGGCCACAGGCACAAGACCUAAGAACCGUCGGCAUAGCACGUCCAAUGAGCUCAAAAAUUCCGAUGCAGAUGAUGAAGACGACUACGACGCUUUCGAAGGAUUCCCGUCUUACAGAACCAGAUCUCCUGCGACAAGAAGAGAAGGACGGCAGCAAGAACGGAUCCGCGCCGCCGUUGCGGAAGCGUUGGCUGCAUACCAACCACCACCUGCGCCACCACAGCCUUCGAUAGACAUGACCGAGAUUCAAGGAAUUGUGCAAGAGAUGAGGCAGCUUGCUCAGCAAGCAGGAUCACAGGAUACCCAGGCCGAACUGAAGACGAUUGUGGAAGAUGUCAUCUCGCAUCAUCCGCGAUUACGGGGUUCUAGGGUACAUCAAGAUCAUGAGGCUACCGAAAUGAAAUACAAGCCGCAGAUCGAUGGAUUGGAGAGCAUGCUUAAGAUAUCCCAAGAACACGCGGCCGAAGAGGCCCGCCUUCGAAGACAAGCUGAACAGGAGCUUAACGAGGUGAAAUUGCGUCUACGCAUUGCCGAGGAGGAAGCCGCGCAGUAUCGCGAAGCAUCGGAAGAGGCGCAACAGUCAUUACAAGCUUUCAUCGAAGAGAAGGAAUCAUACAAAUCCUUGGAACAGGACGUCGAUGCUCUCAGUCUCAAGAAUGCGGCUCUAGAAACGACGCUCGAAGAGUAUCGGGUCUCAAGUGAUCAAUGGCGGGAAGACAUUCGCUCUGAACGUGAGAAGAACAAGGAGCUCAAGGAGACGUUGCGAUAUCUGCGGCAACAACUGGAGGACCAGUCGCACUCUCGACAGAAUCUUCGGACAAAGUUGGAUCGUGUGCAGGCUCAUAUGACCCAAGUCGUCCAUGAUUUGCAUGCGGAACAAGCCGAGUGGCGUGAGAAGGAACACGAUCUCCUGAACAGACUGUCCCUUCUCCAAACCGAACUCGAACACGAACGGAGACACCGCGAAAAGGCCGAAGUCGAUCUCGAUACGCUGAACAAGGAACACCAGACUUAUAUGCAUUUCCGGAGUGCUCUUGAGCAGUCCCAACAGGAAGUUUCCAGACUGAACGAGCUGCUGGCGUCACUCAAGGAAGAGAACAGAGCACUCGACACCAAAGCUUUCAAUCUCGACCGCGAACUGGCCCAUGUAAUCAGCAGUAAAGAUGCCGAACUGGCGACAUCUACAGCAAAACUACAGGCCGAGCUGGACAGCACCAUAGCCCGCCUCGAGAGCAUUCGUACUGACUCCGAGGCUCAGAUCUCCAGAUUGCAAAGCCGCCUAGACCAUGCCGAGCUGGACAUUGAAGACCAGAAAGCCAAGCAUGAUGCGCUGAUGAGUGAGACAAUCGAAGCACACAAAGAAGCACUUCGAGAAGCCAACGAAAAGCGGGAGAGCGCGCUAGAAGACCAACACCACGCUCACGAGAAGAAGCUCAACGACCUCCGCGACCGUCACACCAGAGAGUUGCACAAUUCCUUCGACAACAGGACUCGAUUGGAGCACCAUCUCAACGAGAAGUUGAGUCUGAGCGACGACAGGGUGAGACAUUUGGAAAGCAAGGUCGCUGAUCUCGAAGAACGACUAGAGAUCACCAGGUCGGCGGCCAAAGCAGCGGCAGAGGCGGCAACAGCCAAAGGAAUCAAUGUCCCCACUCCCGCUCCGUCUGUCAUAGCAUCACCGCCGCAACGAGCCUCCAGCGCCUCAAUGUCGUUCCCUAGUGGAUCCGAUGUUCCCGAGAAGAUCUCGCCGCAGGCUCUUCGGGAAUCGAUUAUGGUGCUGCAAGAUCAACUGCAGAAUCGGGAACAAAAGAUCGAGAAAUUGGAAUCAGAGCUGGCCGCGGUCGACAAGGAGGCGCCUAACAAAGUCAAGCAACGCGACACCGAAAUCAGCUGGCUCCGCGAGCUACUGAACGUGCGGAUCGAUGACCUUGAAGACAUCAUCAACAUGGCCUCACAGCCGGACUUGGACAAGGACAGCGUCAAGGAUGCGGCGAUCCGACUCAAGGCAAAUCUCCAAAUGGAGCAGCAACUCAAGGAGCGGGUGGCGUCCAGCUCUGCGUCCGGAUUGACAAGUCAGAUCCCGGCUUUGGCGGCUCUAUCCAACUACGCUCAAUCACCACGAGCACUCCCCAUGGCCGCCGCUGCCGCAUGGGGCAACUGGCGCAGAGUAAGGGAGACUUCCAUCGGAGCGCUGUCCGACCUGGCCUCCAACAUCAGCAGCCAGACGCAAACACCGUCCAAAUCGACCGUCGGAAGUCCAGCCAGUUUCUUGUCGGGGAUCAUGACGCCCCCCAGCACUAGCCAGAGAGGUGUUUCAGGAGGAGAACCUCGAGGCUUAGGCCGGUCGAACUCGAACGAGCUACCGAUUCCCCCACCUAGUAUGAGACCUCUCGCGGCGGCAGCAGCAGCAGCACAAGCUCGAAAGGGCAGUUCCCCCGCCGAAGCACCUCGACCGCUGAGAGCGUGGAACUCUCAGCCUCGAUCUCUGUCCAGUCGGCAGCAAGAGCCGAGACGGGUUAGUGGCGAGCCGCUGGGAAAGAGACGGGAGAGCCUUGAGAUGCAGAACCCCAAGAGGCGUGAAAGUUCCGAAUCUAAAUCUCAUUCUCAAUCUAGCCUAGGUCCUGGUGCUGGUGCUGUUUCCAGUUCUGAUCCCGCUUCACCACGGACACCGACACCGGCACUUGAGAGAGAGCGAGCUGGUCGACCGCAGCCGAAUAUGAACAUGAAUCUCGAUCUGACGGACGAUGUCGACGACGACGCGUCUCUGCUGGACAGCACGGCAACGGAAACAGAACAUGAGCAUGAACAUGAACAUCUCAAGCCGGAGCCGCACGCAGAUCUGGACUCAGAACCGCCGUCUAUCAGCGAAUAA